CGUAUGUAAAAUUGGAGGGAUUAGAUUUUUUUUGAGUGAAAAUUUGGUCAAAAUUAUGAAAACCUACUAGUCCCCCCUCCAAUUUCACCCAUUCCCUUCGUGAAACCCUCCUAGUCCUGCAUCCAAUCUCAUUCCUUCUCUUCUUCAUUCAGAAACCGGGCAUAGAUUUCGAGAGAGGAGAGCGCGGGCAUCCUUCCAACCUGCAUCACACGUCCAAGGGGUUCCUCUCCCAACCUCGGUACUCUAGUGACGAGGAGGAAGUACCUCAUGGAUUUGUGGAUCUUGAGCGGCUCCUUCAGCAAGAUUGCGCCUUCCAAGGCCUUCUUCACCGACGUCGCCUUCUCCAUGACAUCUGUUUGGUCUUUAGUGUGAGUGGCAGAGCAAGAUUGAGGAACAUGGUUUCUUCUGGUGGAGCUCAGAAAUGGCGGCCCGGCGAUGGUGGAUCUACAGCAAAGAGAUUGGGUCAAAUGUUUUCAGACCAUUUGACCAUUUCAGAGAAGUUGGAGCCACACAAAAGAGGCCUCAAUCGACACCCGGACCCCAACAAUCUUCCCCCGAUCAUCGGCAUAAACUUUUUGCAGCAAUCACUGACAACAGAUGAUACGAUGAUCUUUGCAGUUCCGAUGGUGAGGCAUAGUUGUUUUGAUUGAUUCUUUUUUUAAUCAUUUUUCUCCAAAUGUGUAGUCUUCGUUUUGUUUGAAUUAAGUAGGUGCAGAGCUAUGAAGAUUGGUACAGUCUGUGUUAAGAGAGUUUGAAGUCUGUGCAGGGACCCCUCCCCAUUGUCGUUGCUACCUUUUACAAGACUGAAGGUUCUGGAGCUUAGAGAGUGUGAUCUAUCUACCUCUUCCGCCCUGAGACUUCCCGAGCUGAGACAUACUUUGGAGAAAUUGGUUUGCCAUAAUUCAUCUACAAAACAGGUCCAGGUUGGUGGAUGUCCUGCAUAUAGGAUUGAUAAGAAGCUUGGGAAAGGAGGAUUCGGUCAAGUCUAUGUUGGUCGUCGAAUUAAUCCUCCAAAUCCAACUGAAAGAACUGGUUCAGGAGCUGUAGAGGUAGCCUUAAAAUUUGAGCAUAGAAGCAGCAAUGGUUGUAACUAUGGUCCGCCAUAUGAGUGGCAAGUAACGCUUGCUAGAGUUGAUAAUCUUCGGAAGUGCACCAAAAUAAAGUUUUUGGAUUCAAUCUCCCGAGAAGCAUAUCAACAUUUGGCGAGGCAAUUGAAUGCGAGUAUUGCCACAAUGAUAUUGCUAGGCUCAACCCCAAGGAUUGUUGGUAUUGGUUAGAAGGGAAUUGUUUUAAUCUUGCAAGCUUGAGAGGCCUAGUAAAAUACAAGAAGUCACUCUAUAAUACUCACUCCUCCACAUACUCUGCAUAUGAUAGUCACUUUGCACAAAUUUUAUUUUGAGGCUGUAUCAUUAUCCAAAAUGUGUUGCCUUUUUUAAACCUUUGUAAUAUAUAUGCUGCAUUAAGCUGCUCCACUAAUAUUUAAGUAAAUAUUAAGUUAUUAG